CAGCAACCGGAAGCGAGAAGCCGAAGGGCGGGCGGAGCGGUUUGACGGUUGCACCGGGCAAGAUGGCGGACCGGGAGGAGGCGCUGAGGGAGUUCGUGGCCGUGACCGGGGCCGAGGAGGAGCGGGCGCGCUUCUUCCUGGAGUCGGCGGGCGGAGACCUCCAGAUCGCCCUGGCCAGUUUCUACGAAGACGGUGGCGAUGAGGACAUCAUUACCCUCCCGCAGCCGGCACCCAGCUCCAUUACCAGAGGCACUGCACCCAGUGACCACAGGGUGACGUCAUUCCGAGACCUCGUCCAUGCUCAGGAGGAGGAAGAGGAGGAGGAAGAAGGGCAAAGGUUUUAUGCCGGAGGCUCAGAACGCAGCGGGCAGCAGAUCGUCGGUCCCCCGAGGAAGAAGAGCCCCAACGAACUGGUGGAGGAUUUGUUUCGUGGGGCCAAAGAGCACGGGGCGGUGGCUGUCGACAGAGCCACCAAGAGCCCCGGGGAGAGCAGCGGCAGCAGGCCGAAGCCCUUUGCAGGCGGAGGGUACCGUCUGGGAGCCGCUCCCGAGGAGGAGUCAGCCUACGUGGCCGGAGAGAUGAGGCACAACGCAGCCCAGGAUGUCCACGUCGUCCUGAAGCUGUGGAAGAGUGGCUUCAGCCUGGAUGGCGGAGAGCUGCGGAGCUACCAAGACCCGGCCAACUCUCAGUUCUUGGAGUCGAUCCGCAGAGGGGAGGUCCCUGCAGAGCUUCGUCGGUUGGCCCGCGGCGGGCAGGUGAACUUGGACCUGGAGGACCACCGCGACGAGGACUUUGUGAAACCCAAAGGCUCCUUCAAGGCUUUCACCGGAGAAGGGCAGAAGCUGGGCAGCACCGCCCCCCAGGUGAUGGGCUCAAGCUCUCCGGCGCAGCAGGCGGAGAAUGAAGCGAAGGCCAGCUCCUCGGUCUUUAUUGACGAGGCGGAGCCCACCACCAACAUCCAGAUCCGGCUGGCAGAUGGCGGGCGGCUGGUCCAGAAGUUCAACCACAGUCACAGGAUCCGCGACAUCCGGCUCUUCAUCGUGGACGCCCGGCCAGCGAUGGCGGCCACCGGCUUCGUCCUCAUGACCACCUUCCCGAACAAAGAGCUGUCGGACGAGGACCAGACCCUGAAGGAAGCCAACCUCCUCAACGCCGUCAUCGUCCAGCGGUUAAUAUAACGGAGCCCACCGGCCAGCCACGCGCCUGUCUCAUAUUACCCCCCCCCCCCCGACUUGCGCGCGCCCCGUACAGCACGGUGCCACGGCUGUGUCCCGAGGCUGGGUUCCGGGCUCUCUCGGGUUGGACUCUUUAGUUGCGUUUCCCACUCUCUCUCUCUCUCUCUUUUUUUUUUUUUGGUGCUGAUUGACGGACUUUAAAGAAAUUAAAACCAAACACAGACUUUUGAACUCCCCCCCCCCCCCGUUGCGUCCGCUGCACACACCUCCGCCGGAUAACUUAUGGAGCAGAUUUCCCGUCCCGAGGGGGGUGGGGAGAGGGAAGGGCCGAAGGGCACGUGACCUUCUUUUCCCUUUCCGCGGUAGCCGCUCAAAUUCUUCUCUUCGAUGUAAUAAAUAAAGAAUGCCCCCAAAGAGGGGCCUCGUCAUCUCAGUUGCCA